AGCGACAGGUUCGCCUCUAAUCUAUUUUUUGCUGGUUGUACAUAGAUCUUACUUGUUCAGUUAGUAGUUGACAGCCUGUAAACCCAGUUUAAAGGCAAAAGAAAAACGAAUACAUAGACGCUGCUGGAAUUAGUGUAAAAUAACGAAAAUAGCUGACUCUUGCCUUGAGAUGAUCACGAAUCUCGUGAUGAUAUAAAAUAUAUUUGCUGUACUAACCCAAAAGAACUAAAAAUUACUUGUUUAAGUAAGGAUUGUCGGGCUCUUCGUAAUUCGGUUAGAAGAUCGAGAGAUAAGAUCAACACAAUUUUUACGCAACGCUACCGGUUUACCUCUCGCACGGUUUGUUAUCUGUUGUGGCUUCGUUUCUCGAUUUGUCGCCUCGCAUUCAUGCGUAGUUGUGUGUAUUUAUCCGCUUCGCACAGAAGGAAAACAUCACGCGUAAUAAUAUUCAGUCGCUAUGGCUUUCGAAUACCUUGAAAUUGAAGAUCCCGUGUACAAGACUACUUGGCAGGAACGUGACGAGGAGGGAUACGUUCUGGUAAAACCUACGGAUUACAGUCACAUUCCAGUGACGCUGCCCGAUUGGCAGCCGGAGCCGUGCUGUCUGAAUAAAAGAUUUAAAGCCCUGGAUCAACGCAUUAAAGAUAUGGACGUUCGUUUGGAUGAUGUGUGGCUGGUUACGUACCCAAAGAGUGGGACCACUUGGUGCCAGGAAAUGAUUUGGCUGAUUUGCAACGAUCUUGACUAUGCGAAGGCAGCUAGUGUUAAACUUGCAGAGCGCUUUCCAUUUAUGGAAAUCAAUGGAUUACGAGAUCUUCCACCCGGAAUGGAUUGUUUCCAGAAGGUUCUUUCGAUGGAAUCGCCAAGAUUUAUCAAGACGCACCUUCCGGUAGGCUUUCUGCCCGAUCAAUUAUGGACCGUCAAACCAAGGCUGGUAUAUGUCCGGCGGAACCCAAAAGCGGUUGCCGUUUCCUACUAUCACCAUUCAGUUUCUUUGCAUGGCUAUCGAGGAACCAUGGACCAGUUUGUUCGAUCUUUCAUCAACGAGCUGCAGUACUAUUCGCCCUAUCAUCGUCAUGUGUUGGAAUAUUACAAUCUAGAGUAUGAAGACGAUAUGCUGCAUCUGUGCUAUGAAGAUAUGAAGAAGGAUUUGAAAGGAACACUGAAACAAGUCUGCAAGUUUUUUAACAAAUCAUACUCGGAAGAGCAGCUUGAAACGUUAGCCAACCAUCUUUCGUUCGAAUCAAUGAAGGACAAUCAGGCUGUAAAUGCCCAGCAGUGGGUCGAGCAUUGCCUGAAGCAAACAGGAAGGCUCGAAAAAAUGAAGGACGAUAACUAUAAUUUUAUUCGACGUGGAGAAUCAGAAGGGUGGAAAACGGAACUGAGCGCUGAACUUGCGCAGCUUAUCGACCAGUGGACUGUGAUGAAUGUGUCCGAUUCAGCAGAGAUGGAUUUGUUUAAUUUUAAUUAAAAUGACUUUUCGUGAUA